AUGGCACAGUUCCUGGAAUUGCCGCGGAAGCUGAUCAAUCUUCCACUAUCAGGCAUUGGUGGCAGCACAAGAUCGAAUGUGCGACAUUCCAUCAAAACCACCAUCCAUUCUCGAUGCUCGAGCUAUGCUGCAUCAUUGGAGUUGCUUGUGCUUCCGAAGCUGUCAGCAGACAUACCAACUCAACAGAUUGACGUCAGCCACUGGAAGAUACAGGAAACCUGCAUCUUGACUGAUCCAUCCUUCAAUCGGCCAGAAACCAUUGACAUCAUCUUGGGAACAACACACUUCUACGAGAUCCUGAGGACCGGACGACUCUCCCUGGGUGACAGUUUGCUAAUCCUUCAGGAAACUGAAUUUGGUUGGGUAGUCAGUGGCAGUGCUACCAUCACCGAACCCAUGUCACCGGUAAAGUGUGCGGUGGCAACACACACGAACGAGUUGGACAAUCUGGUGAAGCAGUUCUUCGCCAUCGAAGACCUGAGCAACACACCGAGUUGGAGCAUCGAGGAACGAGCCUGUGAGGAUCAUUACACGGCAACCCGAGAAGAGGACGGCAGGUACAUGGUUCAGCUUCCACGCAAGCCAGAGAUGAUUGGCAAGCUUGGCGAUUCAAGGACUAUCGCAUUUCGACGGUUCUUAGCACUAGAACGUCGACUUCAACGGGAACCCGACACCCAACGUGCCUAUGUGGACUUCAUGGAUGAGUACCUUCGCUUAGGUCAUAUGAGCAGGGUGGCAGCUUCUUCAAAGAACGAUGAAUCGUUUAUCUACCACAUCAUCCGGUCUUCAAGACCGACAGCACCACGACGAAGUGUCGAGUGGUGUUUGACGCAUCGAGUAAAUCUUCAACGGGUGUGUCUUUGA